AGAUGUUUGGGAUGUAACUAAAGCAAAAAAUAGCGGCGUUAAAGUCAAAGUUUUGUUUGAAAUGUAUGCGUUUACAAAAUGCUCAAUUUCUCUGUUUUUUCAUCAGAAAUUGGAAAAUUGCUCAUACUAAACUAUUUUCAAAUGCUGAUUUCUAAAGAAUGGAAAAACUAACUUUUUUUCCUGCUGAAGGAAGAAAGUCUAAUCUUUCUUUUGGUGGGUUCCAUGUUUAUAUAGCAGUAGAACAUAAUUUUUUGUGGGCCUUGCAAAAUCAGUCAAAAUCCAGUAAAAUGGCCGGGAGCGAAGGGGGUUGCACCGGUGAAAAUGGCUGGGAGUGAAUCAAGUUAAGAGUCAUCCCGCAAAUUAUGUUAGUAACUCCAUUUAUGUCCAGCUCGGAUCUUUUACAUGCAUUUAAAAGUGAGAUAAUUUGCUGGAUAACACAAAAUAUAAGCAUUCAUUAAUACUCAUGACAGUGUCAUGUCAUAAUUAUCAUUGUCUAAUGACAGUCUUAUGUCGCCACUGUCAAAUAUAGUGUUACCGGUUAAUAUUUUUUUGGUGUAAAUAUCCCAUAACACAGUGAGGACAGCUACGGCUUAUAGUCCAGGGAGGCUUAUCUAUGAACAAAUGCCGUUUUCGUGUCAAAUUUGGUUAGUGGCAGCUUAUAGUCAGGUGCGCCUCAUAGUCCGAAAAUUCGGGUAUAUAUCGUGCUGUUUUCCUCAGCGUGGUCCAUUCUUUUUAACAGCUCUGCACUUCUCUUAGCGUAACACAGUCGUCACAGUCAAACCCAUCUGACUGUUCAGAAACAUGUUAUUCAUAACGGAUAUCAAACUACCUGCCUUAUGUGGUUUCAAUCCGUCUCGCAAAAAUCUGAUUUCUGUGUUUUUUGACAAAAAAUUACAUUUUUGCUGCCAGUUUAACAAGGCCUUAAUGUCUGUAAAAAUAUACAACAUUAAAAUCACGGCGGGAAACUGAGCAAACAUCGACUUGAGCAAAUCAUGUCAUUUUUUUUUUCCAUCCAGUGUCUCGCAGACGUCACUGGAGAAGACCUUUACCCUGAGAAGCACGAUUCCCUCCACGUUAAACAGGAGGAGGAGUCAAAGAUGCCGUACAUCAAACAGGAGGCGGAGCCAGAGACUUCCUGCAUUAAAGAAGAAAAACAGGAAGAUGAAAACCCAAAGUUUACAAUGACUGUGAACAGUGGAGAAGAUGAAAGUCGAAGCGAAGUGAGCGGAACAUCGACUCUUUCAAGCGACUGUUCAUGUCAUCACGUGAAACCAAAAGCAGACAUCACCGAAGGAGAACUUCACCUGGAGAAGCACAAUCCCCCCCAUGUUAUACGGGAGUCAGAGAUGCCGUAUAUCAAACAGGAGGCGGAGCCAGAGACCUAUAGCGUUAAAGAAGAAAAACAGGAAGAUGAAAUCUCCAACUUUCCAAUAACUGUUUUUGUGAAGAGUGAGGAAGAAGGUCGAAGCGAAGAAAGCGGAGCAGCGAAACCAUCAAGCGACAGCUCAUUUCAACACCUGACAACAAAACGAGAGGGACGAUCGCAACCUGAUGCCUCGUUAACUCAGCUCCCAAACAGUGACGACGAAACGUCACACUCUUCUGACUUUAACACAGAUGAGGAGGAUAAUGGCUCUGAGCAAAAUAUUUCAAAAUCCUUAAACAAGACAUCAUUGAAAAGAGACACAAAAGCAAUUGGGAAACCCUUUACCUGCUCACUUUGUGAUAAAACAUACUCUUGGAAACAUCACUUAAAAAGACACAUGCAUACACACACUGGGGAGAGGCCAUUCGCCUGCUCAUUUUGCGAUAAAAGAUUUUCUCAGCUAAAGUGUCACAGGUGCACACACACUGGAGAAAAGCCUUUUGUCUGCAUAUGUUGUGGUGAAAGAUUCAUAGAGAAGAGAGAAUUAACCCAACACAUAAGAACACACACUGGAGAGAAGCCUUUUGACUGUUCACUUUGCGAUAAACGAUUUUUUACAAAGAAAGAUUUAACAAGACACACACGUACACACACUGGAGAAAAGCCUUUUGUCUGCACAACUUGUGGUAAACGAUUCCCUGAGAAGGGAAGUUUAAACAAGCACACGAAGACGCACAUUGGAGAAAAGCCUUUUGUCUGCACGAUUUGUGGUAAAAGAUUCAUUUUUGAGUGUGAUUUAACAAGGCACAAAAGAACACACACUGGAGAGAAGCCUUUUGUCUGCAGUUUAUGUGGAAAAAGAUUUAUUGACGGAAGAAAUUUCAACCAACAUACAAGAACACACACUGGGGAAAAGCCGUUCGCCUGCUCAUUUUGCGAUAAAAGAUUUUGUGAGAAGCGUCAGUUAACGAGACACGAACGUACACACACUGGAGAAAAACCUUUUUGCUGCACAGUUUGUGGCAAACACUUUGGAGAGAAAGUCGAGUUAAUCAGGCACACAAGAACACACACUGGAGAGAAGCCUUUCGCCUGCGCACUUUGCGAUGAAAGAUUUUCUUGGAAGCAUCAGUUAACGAGACACUCAAUCAUGCACAGUGGAGAGAAGCCUUUUCCCUGCUCAGUUUGUGGUGAAACAUUCACCCGGAAGGGAGAAUUAAAAGGUCACGCAAGAACACACACUGGGGAGAAAUACUUCACUUGUGUUGUUUGUGGUAAAACCUUCUCCUCAAAGGGCAACCUAGCAAGACACACAAAAACGCACACUGCGGAGACACUUUUCGCCUGCGAGGUUUGUGGUAAAAGAUUCACUCAGAAGGGACAUUUAGAAUCACACACAAGAAGCCACACUGGGUAAAACCUUUCAAAUGUAGGUGUGUAACAAAAUAUUUAGAUUUGUACCACACAUUGACAGUGGGAAAAAAAUCCAAACUUUAUUUGAAUGGUUUCAGGGAUGAUGUCUUUAUUGUUUUGUGCAUCGUCAUAUUAUGAAAUGUGCUCAAUCAACUGUACAUUUUGAUUAUUACAUUGUUUUUCCUUUUUCAAUCCAUCCGUCCAUUAUCUUCCGCUUAGUCCAGGGUCGGGUCGCGUGGGCAGCAGCUUCAGCAGGGAAGCCCAGACUUCCCUCUCCCCAGCCACUUCAGCCAGCUCCUCCGGCGGGAUUCCAAGGCGUUCCCAGGCCAGCCGAGCGACAUAGUCUCUCCAGCGUGUCCUGGGUCGACCCCGGGGCCUCCUGCCGGUGGGACAUGCCCGGAACACCUCUCCUUUUUCAAUUGUGAACUAAUUUUGAAAGCUCUUCUCUGUUCUUUAAAAAUGGGUGGUAUAUACCAGGACGCGUUGUAUUGCAUUAGCUCUCUUAUUUCAACACAAUUGGAUGACUACAGUAGUACCUCUACAUACGAACGUCUCUACCAACAACAUUUUUAGGCUACAACACACAUCAACAAUUUUGCCUCUUGUUAUGAAAGAAAUUUCAGGAAGAUUAGUAGAACUACAGGUAGUCACCGGGGUACAAACGAGUUCCGACCCUACGCUGGGGACGUAGCCAGAAUUUCUGCGUAACUCUGAAUUAACCCUUUAAGUAUCCCUAAAUUUCAAACAAACUAUCCAACUGGUUUGUUUGAAAGUACCGUACCCUCGCUACUUCGCGCUUCAAACUUCGCACUCUCAGUCCAUCGCAGAUUUUGUUUCAAAAAAAAAAAAAAAAAAAAAAAAACAGAUGAGCUGUCCCGAGCAGAGGUUGCGCUAGACUUUUUCGUUGUCUGUCAUUUUGACUGACAGGGUGAUAAAAAUCCGGUCAUAAUCUAUUUUUACCCGUCACUUAAAUUUUUAAAAUGAUAAUAAUGACAUAUUCAAUAGUAUUUAGUUUUCAUUCAUUUUUAAUUAAUAUUCUGUCCGAACAAGCUUAACAGAGAAUCCACACCGUGCCAUCACACAUCAAGCAGAUGAAUAUGUAACUUGUUCUCCGCAGUGACAAAAACAGCUGACUGUGGCCCCAGUAGGUAGGCUACAUAUGGAACAAUGAAAUAAAUGAAAUUAACAGUUCACCUGUUGUGGCCUGAAAGCAGUCUCACACCUUCCUCCUCGCUGCCGCUUGCUCGCUCAGUAGUUGCCGAGGGCUGAUUGCUUGUUUGUCCUUUAUCCUCCACUGCAUCAGUCCCUCUUUUUUCACCUCUUUUAUCAACACCAUCUUCGUUUUGGGGCUUUUUGAAGAAACUUCGGACACUCAGUUGCUUUGACAUUUUUCCGAGUAAGGCCAACGACGUCAUGCAUCAAGAGAGACAAUAGCUAAUUAAUAUGCUCACUCGCCACCCUGUGGUCUGGGGUGUGAAUUGCAAUCUGUCAAAAUGACAGAUGGACUUCAGUGUUUUUCCUUCACCGUUUCAAAAAACCGGUCAACGACAGAAAAUAUUCGGUUAACGCGACCCCUGGUCCCGAACCAAUCGCGUAGUCUCACUCUCCCUGCUCUUUGUUGUUCAGGCAAUGCAGUGGAGUUGCUUAUGAAAGUUAACAAUGAUUGAUAGACGUCUUCUGUUUGAUCUUGCCACAGAUCCCUGGAAGCCUCAGCGUCAAAGCGCCGUAUGCGUCAAUCAUCGUUUAACAUGUUAAACAGUUGCUGUGGCAACUUAUUGUGUGUAAGUGAGGAGAUGGAGAGGAGUUGAGUGGACACACUCAAUGAAGCGUUUUAUAAAGACAAGCAUUUUUAUACUUUUUUUCUUGUUUAAAAAUAAUUCUCUGUGACAGUAGUAUGUUUAAAACUUAUAAUUGUUAAAUUUGAUCCCAAAACGCAAUGUGUCAUCAAUAAAAUUAAACUUACAAUAUAUAUAUGUGUAUAUCCAUUUUGACACUGUUCGUGUUCAAUCCUCGGCUCAAGCUCAGUUGUUGUUGAAGUUUACGGAUAAAGAAAUUCUAAAUAUCCAUCUUGCCUCCUUAGGUGUAGUUUGGCUAAGCAAAGCCAAGGACCACCUCAAAGGUGGUAGUCACACGAUCUGUUCAAAGAAUUAUUUUGACCUAGAAUACUUUGUGGGAUUCUUGUUCAUUUCAAUUAUUUUUUUAUUGCCUUGUGACUUUUAUAGAAAACAUUUCAACGGCUAGGUCUUCAGGAUUUUUAACAUUAGGUUUCAUCUUCGCGUUAGCGGGGGUUGAUUAGUCUGUGGAGUUAAUUUCAACAAAUACCAUGUAGUUUGUCAGUUAUUUGUUCGUUUCAGGGCUUCAGAGUGGCUAAACUACCAAAAGUCAGUGCUGUCUGCUUAAGCCUAAUGUCAAAAAUUCGUAACUUCCCCUUUAAAUUAAUUUAUAGGGCAUUAUUUGGGUAUCUUCAUUUCGAAGGAGUCCAAGCUGAGACUUUCUUCUAAUUUUGUCCCAAUCAUUUAAAAAAAAAACAAAUUAAACCAAUGGCUUCAAAGAAAAUGAUCAUUAAGAGGAUGUGUCCUACUCUCUAAGGCAGAAGGGUUGUCCGGGACGAUUUAUGCUUCUUAUUCUCUCCAUGUAGAUUGUAA